AUGGCGAAACCUUCGCAAACAAGAGGAGUCGUCCUCGCAAUCUUCGUUACGAUCAUGGCGUUACAAGUGAUCCACGUGGCGGCUGUGGCGAAUGUGACUUUAACGAGCAUCACGCUGCACAAGCACAUCAACUGGGUGUUCCUUCCCCAGGUCUACCUCCUCUGCGCGGAUGGUAACCGCUCCGACCUGCCCUUCUCUCCACCGCUCAACAUUCAAGUGAACCUCACGGGGAAGGAGGACUGGCAGCCCCUAUUCCCAAUGGACAGCGGCAGCUGCAAGUCGUGCGGCAUGUACGAGAAGGGGUGGAUAGCAGACAGCCCCUACCUGCUCUUCCCGCUCUGCGAGUCCAACUUCUCAGCCCCCAAGGGCCACUCUCCUGCGCCCGGUGCUGCCGGUUUUGGCGAGCUCCUACUGGCAGACCCAAAGAGGAAUUUGGAGUUUGUUCUGUCAUGUCCUGCUUGUGUGAGGGACUUGGAAAUGAGCACAGGCGAUGCUCCCACAGUUCUUGCACCUCAAGGCUUGGGGGUGGUGGUGUGGGUGAUAGCAGGCGUGGCAGUAGUGGGUGUGCUUGUACUGCUCAUCACAUCCAUGGUCUACAUCACUAAAGGCGGCGAUCAGAUUCUCGACGAAUCGGAGCGUGCCAACAUCGACCGCUUCGCAGCCUUCACGCCUCUCCGCAUUCGACGCUCGCGUACCCUCGCUAUAGUCACACCUGUCAUGCUCCACGCUAUGGCCGCUCCCCAAACCAUUUUCCGUCUCGCGUUCUCCCGCGCAUCGCCCGGAUCUGCCUCCGAGAUCGCCGGAACCGCGUUCCGAUGCUUCGCCGCGAAGGCCGGAGGCGAGAAAUCAUCAUCAGCGGGAAAGACGGGAGGCGAGAAGCCGAAGACGACGCGGAAAUCGAAAGACGACAGUCCUAAGCGACCUAUGUCGGCGUAUAUAGUCUUUGCGACUCAUGAGCGACCUAAAGUGAUUCGCGAGAAGCCCGACUUAGCCUUCGCCGACAUCGGCAGGGUCAUUGGCGAACGGUGGCGAAACCUCUCAGUUAAUGACAAGUUGAAGUACGAGCAACUGUCACAGAAGGACAAGGUGCGAUAUGCUGCUGAGCUGGAGGCCUACAACAAGGCCAAGGCUGCAGAGAAAUAG